AUGUUGGAGAAGAUGUUACCGUUCUUGGAAGAUAGACAUGUGCUGGUGAUUCACUGCCGUGAAAUGGAUGGGGAUUGCGGUACAGAAGCGUUUCUCUUGCUCCUCCAUGUCCUGAAGAGGUAUGUCCAGGAUCGGUGGCUAGAGAGGUUCCCAGGGACAUACUUUGGGUUGACCAACAAGGUGAGGACAUUCUCUCCGGACCAGAUCGCGGCACUACAAAAUGUUGAAGAUAGUCGCCUUCUCCUGGAGACGGAUGCUUCUUAUUUUCCAGCACCUGGAUCCGGAUUAUUGUCACCCAGCCAGAUAUCCACAGUGGCCGAGGCGAUGGCAGCACUUCGAGGAACUACUGUGGAACAUGUGUUGGAAAUCUCCGUGGCCAAUGGGAAACAUCUGUACCAGUCCCAAGGGACCAUCUCUGUGGAGCGACUUGUAGUUGCUGACCCCCUCAUGCAGAAAACCCUCAGUCUUGCCCCAGACAAGGGUCCCUCGUUGGGUGAAUACCCCAAGACGUGUCAAGACCCCUCUCCAAGAAGACCAGCAGUGACCGCACCCAAGAUUCCGACGGAGACGGAACCGGGAGCGACCGCUCCAAAGAUUCCGACGGAGACGGAACCGGGAGAGACCGCUCCAAAGAUUCCGACCGAAACGGAACCGGGAGAUACCGCACCCAAGAUUCCAACCGAGACGGAACCGGGAGCGACCGCUCCAAAGAUUCCGACGGAGACGGAACCGGGAGAGACCGCGUCAAAGAUUCCGACCGAAACGGAACCGGGAGAUACCGCACCCAAGAUUCCAACCGAGACGGAACCGCGAGAGACCGCAACCAAGAUUCCAACCGAUGCGGAAAAGGCCCAAAUAGAACCAGCAACGUCAUCUAUCUCAGCACAAGAGACAACAAGCUCGGGUAAAAGGAAAAAUCGCGGCCACAAGGUUGGAUUUGACACUAAGUGGCAACAAGGACGUCCAUGGUUAAUUCAUCGUGUCGUGGAUGCGGACGACAAGAGUAAAGACGUUAUGCUCUGUACUCUAUGCCAGCAUUACCAGCCAAAUGGUGUUAACGGCGUAAGCGCAUGGUCACAGAAAGGCUGUGCAACUCUUCGUCUUGAUAAGGUCUUAGCACAUGAAUCUAGUUCUCAGCACAGGAAUUCGAUCUCUCUUAGCCUGCAGAGCACCAUAUCGACGAUCGUCAACAAGGUGGAUCGCGAGUGUGAAGUUGCCCUCUUGGACGCACUGAAGGUUCUGCAGUUUUCAGUAGAACGGAACCUGCCAUUAAGCUUGUUUGCAGAUCUCACGGAUCUAUGCAUUGACGUUGGCUCUCCGAACCUUUCCAAGCUUAGGCUUGCAAAGAAUGCAUCUUACACGAGUUGGGACAUUGUAAACGAGUUACUGACCCUGCUGUGCAACCGUGUAAGGGAUGAAGUGAAAGAAGAAAUAAGGGCCGGUCCAUGCUACAGUGUGAUGGUGGACGAGGUGUGUGAUCUCACUGUCCAGAAGCACAUGGCCAUGUGUGUCAAGUACUUGGAUCCUGACGGGAAUAUGUGCACAUCGUACCUAGCCGACGUGACCCUCAAAUCAGCGACAGCCGACGUUAUCACUGAUGCCAUCACGCAGGUCAUUGAAGACAACGGCUUGGUAUUAGAUAACCUGACCGGAUUCGCUUCCGACGGCGCUGCAGUUUUCACUGGAGCAAAAACGGGCGUAGCUACACAACUCAAAGCACGGCGUCCGGGGCUAAUAACUGUCCACUGCAAGGACCACCGUCUAGCUCUUGCGUGCAAGGACAGUUUCAAAAGUAAUAAAAUUUUCGAGAAGACUGAUAGACUGCUGGAUGAUCUGUACAAGUAUUAUCGCAAUUCGUCGAAAAGGUCCGCGAGUUUGAAAGAUGUGCAGACCGCAUUUGACGAUGCUCCGCUUUCUGUUAAGGAAGCCAAACAUCACCGUUGGCUUAGUCAUGACAAGGCAGUAAGCGGCAUAGUUAGGUGCUACAGGAGCAUAGUUGUUGACCUGGAGAGCGCCAAUAUCGCUGAGGAUCCAAUCGGCAACGGAUUAUUGAAAAACCUGCGAGAUCCGGUCACACUGCAGGUUCUCAUGCUUCUUGCUGAUGCACUGCCUCAUCUCUCAGCACUCAGCCUGUACUUUCAAUCAGAGUCUGCCAACCUUGGAUUGGCUAAAGCAAAUGUUGAUAAGACCCUUCGGCUCCUUUUGAAGCUGAAAAAUGUGAACGGGACAUGGCUCGGAAAAACCAAAGACCUCAUGACUGAUUUAGGGAUCAGUCCUACCAAAGAAAACAAUGAAACCUUUAGGAUUGCAAGAGAAGAUUUCUUGGACGCUCUGACAGGUAAUAUAGAGCGAAGAUUUGAAGAUUCCGCCAUUGUCGAGGCACUUUCCAUUCUGGACCUUUCAACACUAUCUGAGAUUCCAGCCUUCUAUGGGACACACGAAAUGGAGCAGCUAGCAUCUCACUACGGGAUGGAUGGCGAAGAUCUACAGAUCCAGUGGCAGGGUUUCACUGAACUAGCAUCUUCAUUUGCCUGUAAUGAAAGAUCGUUAGUUAACCUUGGGCGUCUAUUUCAUGGCAGGGCCCACAUGGACAAAGGGUUGAAUAUUGCCUACCCGUUGGUGUCCCGUCUUGUGAGCAUUGCUCUGGUUCUACCGCUUAGUACUGCCACUGUUGAAAGAGUCUUUUCCCAGCUGAAACUUAUUAAGACAGAUCACAGGUGUUCACUGGGAGCAGACACAAUUGACAAACUGCUUAUGGUAAAGUUAAAUGGGAGCAUGGAGCGAUUUGAUCGCCUCAGAUCUGUUGUGGUGGCGGACUUUUUUGAAAUUAAAAAUCGACGUCUUUCUAAGGCCAUUAAGUAAUAUGAAGCAUUUUGUUCUGUAGCUAGCACAUUCGUUAUUGUCAAAGGUAAAUGAAAAAGUGAUGUUUAAGAGAUUUGAUAGAUGAUAAAAUGUUUACACUUGUUUU